AACCUUCCGCUGCCCACCACCUGCACCUGAUUCACCAUGAAACUUGCUGCCACUUUACUAGCCCCAUUCGCCAUUCUUGCAGCUGUGCGACCAGUCGCUGGUGGACCUAUUGCAUAUGGCAUUUGCCAGACUGGUUGCAAUACCCUGGCAGUCGCCUGCUAUGCCGCUGCCGGCGUAACCUUUGGUACGGUAGUAGCUAGCGCACUUGCACCGCCCGCUAUUAUCGCCUGCAACGCCGGUCUGGGCACUUGCUCUGCAGCCUGCGCGACUGUUGCCCUCCUUGCCCCUACUCCCUGACCUUGGAAAGUGGUAUUUUGCUGGUUCCGUACUAGGUAUUAGAUGGAACGCAUAAGGAUGCUGCGUGGAUUGUACUCAGUUCUCAGACGUGAUCUCCUGUCGCAAUCAGUCAUCGAUGGAUUUUGUACGAUUAUAAGCGGUGUUGAAACGAUUGUCCAUUUCUUGUCAGCUUG